UCCCGUUCCAGGUGUCAUCCAGUCCCUGAAGGCGCUCUUCGAGGAUAAAACCACCAGCGCCAGCAUCCAGUACACCACCACGCAGCGCGGCCGGGUGAUGCUGGUCUUCGAGGGCUAUCGGUACGUUGUGAAUCGCCAGAGCCUGAAGAACGUCUUCUGGCGGUGCUCGCGGUACGUGAAGCACAGCUGCCGGGCCACCCUGGUGACCUCCAAGAUCCAAGACGUCACCCUGCGCAUCGCCGGCGCUCCGCACACCCACGGCCCGGAGGUCAACUCAAUGGAUCUCACCGCUGACUUGCUGGACGAGUUUCCGGAGCUGCAGUAGGCAGCUAGCCCAUCUA